AUGAAGAAGGAGCCGCUGCAGCCUGACUCUCAGUCCGCCACCCCGACAGUUCGACUGUCGAUUUCGACGAGGUCCACCAGGAGCUUCAACGAGUUGAAGCGACGCGGUGACCUUUGCGAG